AUGCGUUCACCACAAUUGCUUAUCGUUGGUAUUACUACGUUAAUUACCACUUCUGUUCAUGCUAGUAUCAUUCAGAAUCAACCAAGAAAUGGAGUUAUUGCAUUCGAUACGCCAUUGGAUGUUUCAACAGAUUUACUGAAAAGACAAGUUGGGGAGCAUGAUUAUAUUUUUCCAGUUAGUAACUUUCCUAAAUUAACCAUACCAAUUGGUUCAAACAAGGAUGUGGUUCAAUUGAGUAUCGAUACUGGAAGUUGGUUAACCCAAGUUCCUGAUGUUGCAUCAAAUUGUACGGAAUGUUUAUUACCAAAUGGAAAAUUAGGUUUAUACGAUGCUAAUAAAUCAACAACUGCUGUGAAAACAGGACAAACUUUGAAAUCAGAUUUUGCACCAACUCAUUAUUAUCAUGGGAAAGGAGUUGUUGAUGAUAUUUGGUUUGCACCAAACUUCAAAAUUCCAGGCACAUUAUUCAAUGAUGUUCAAGAAAUUAGUCCACUAUGGCAUGAGGGUAUACUUGGACUUUCAAAACCACCAAAGGGAUCUGAAAAUCAAAAUAUAGUAUGGAACGCUUAUAAAGCUGGUUUAAUUAGUAAACCAAUUUUUGCCAUAACUCAAAGAAAUGAAAGUUCUAAUAGUUUACAAUUAUUCUUAGGUGGUCAUAGUAAGUCUCAAAUGACUGAAGAUUACACUUGGACUUCAAUAGAAAAUAAAAAUUUCGCUGGUCAUAUUGAUUUUAUUAAUAUUAAUGGUGCUGAGAUUAAAAUUAAUGCAACUGUAACUUUUGAUACUGGUAAUUAUGGAGUUUCUGUUAGUCAAGAGGUUUAUGAUGCUAUUAUAAAUUCUUUACCUUAUGAUCCACUAAAAUCUAGGGGCAUUAUUUCCUAUGAUUCAAUUAAAGAUAGAUCAGUAACUGUCAGUAUUUACGGUAAAAACUAUAGUGUUCCAUUAAAAGCCUUUUUUGGACCUGGCUGUGAUCCAGGUGUUAGAUAUUGUGAUAUCGUAGUGUAUCCCAAUCCAGCAUGGAACUGGGGAUCUUCAUUCAACAGAUUUUUGAAUUUAGCUUUGAAUUAUGAUAAUGGUUCUUACAUUGGAAUUGCUGGAUGGAAACCAUCAAAUACCAAUGAUGUUGUUGCUUUCUAG